UGUAAACAAGAAAAGACAGUCGAGGGCAACAGGGGAUCAAACAGGCCGGCGUCGCCGCAAAUGAUAGCCCGUACACGCUCGAUAAACGGCCGACAUGGGGCUGCCCGUUACGAUUAAAGUGAACUUCCGGGGCAACGUGAAGAGGUUUCUGGCUCAGGAUCUGGACCAACUGGAGUGGGAGUCCGUGGAAGCCUGGAUCAAAGCGUCUUUCGGGAUCAACCACUUUCAAGUGAAAUACUUCGAUGAGGAUAAUGAAGAGAUUUGUAUAAACAGCCAAGAUGAAUAUGAAGAAGCCAUCAAGAGCGCAGAGAAGCAGGGGAACCAGUUGCACAUGAACGUGUACAAGAUGAAAGGUCAGGCCUGCGGGGGCCCGCUGAAGACGGAGGUGAAGGAGCUGAAGGGAGACCUGCGGCCUGCGCCUCCUUAUCCAUCGAGGGUCAAGACGGUGGACAAGGGCACACAGGUCACCCCGGAGAGAGAAGCUGUCCCAGUAAAAGACAACAAGGGGAACAAGCCAGAAGAUGAGCCGCCUCCCAUAUGGUUUAGAUCAUACAUGGAGAAGUUUAAAGAUGAGGUGGUGAAAGAGGUGGUUGAAAGGAUGUGCAAUGACUUCUCUGGCCAGUGUUGCACCCACAAGUCAUCUGACGAACCCCUCAAGGCCAGUGAGGCGGCCGGCGGUACUGUCGGGCCCCGGCCGGGCCCCUCCAUCGCGCCUGGAUCCCUCGGCUACACCCCAAACUGUAGCAGCUGCAACAAACUCACCUCCCAAGGGGCGUACAAGUGCAGUGUGUGCCCGUCCUGCAUCCUGUGUGAGAUGUGCAGACACAGCCAUGACCCCAGCCACAACCUUGUGAGAACCAAGACACCUCUCUCCAUCCCUGAGCAUGGAAUGUCGGGAGAGUUGAGGUUCCCAAGGCGAGGAGACAGGACAGUGCGCAAGGCCGAGCGACAGCGCCUCAAAGCUGAGAGGAGGCAGCUCAGAGCUGAAGUCAAGGAAAUCAAGAAGAAACUGAGACUGGAGAAGAGGCUGCCGUGGAGCGGGCCCUCCACCUCCGGCCGAGCCAACCUGAUAAACAUGGCGUCCGCGUCCAUGCAGGUCUCAGCCCCGCCCCCCCCUGCCGCCUCAGAAACAGCCUCAGGUCCAGCCCAAGGUCCCGUCCCUGCCCCGGUCCCCGAUCCCCAGGCCUCCAGUCCAGAGGGUCCCGGGGUCUCGCACGCGUCUUUGGUCCCCACUAUGGCCGCCUUGUUUCUGGAUGAAAAUCUGCCGGACGGCACCCGUCUGGAGCCGGCAACCAAGUUCAUCAAAUACUGGAAGAUGAGGAACUCGGGCACUAUCAACUGGACCUCAGAGACCAAGCUCGUGUUCAUGUGGGGAAACCUCGGCCUGGCGUCGGAGGGGAGGCGGGAGGUGCCGGUCCCCAUGCUGCUGCCGGGACAAGUGGGAGUGGUCAGUGUGGCCUUUGUCGCACCCGUGCUGGAGGGGACGUACACCUCCCACUGGCGGCUGGCGCACUGCGGCUGUCAGUUCGGGCCGCGCGUGUGGUGCAGCAUCGUGGUCGCCCCCGGCGACGGCCGCAGCACUUUCGGGCUUCAGAGAAAACGACCGAAGGAGGAGGAGCAGGAGGUGAGGCCCCAGGACAGCGGCCCUGGUCUGCCCGUAGACCUGAACCACGAGGACUACUACUUCCCUUCGGUGGACCUGCUGACCGCACAGGAUCUACUGUCGUUUGAGUUGCUGGAUAUAAAUAUUGUGCAAGAGUUGGAGAAGGUUCCCAACAACACACCUGAAGAUUUGACUCCCUGCAUAUCCCCGAUGCCCCAUGAUGCACCAGUGCUGGAGAAGGCCAUCAAUGCACGGAUUAGAGAAGAAGCAGAGGUCACUGGGGUCAGGAAGCUUUUUGGAGUCAAACUGAGGCCGCGGAGGGAGCUGCUGGAGCCUGUGGCCCAGGAGGAGGACAGGGAGGAGGAGAUCAGCGGGGCCCAAUUCCUCUGCGAGACGGUCAUCCGCUCCCUCACCUUGGAGGAGGCCCCCGAUCACAGACCCCCCCGCAGAGUCAGGCACAGCAGCCACAGACCACAGGUCGUUUCCCGGGGAACCAGCUUCUGCUUGGAGAGAGCCGCCAAGGUCCAGAAGACGGAGACGGUGCAAGAAGGAAGUGAGGAGAUCUGCGCCAUUAGACUUGAAAGUUCAGCUCUGCCUCUCAGCCAGGUCCCUCAGGAAGAGGAGACGAGGCCAGUUCAUCUGCCAGAACCAGCGACUGAAAACCUGCAUAUCAGUUCACAGCCUGGUACCGAGGAGGAAGAGGUCCCGGUCUUAGAGGACAUGCAGAACAUGAGGGACAUUCACGAGGAGAAAGAGGACGGUGGAACCAAAGGAGAGGACUGGGAGGAGGUCAGCAGCCAGACCUCCUCAGUCUCCUCCUGCGACGAUUACAUCAUUGUCCUCCCAGACUGCUUCGACACCAGCCGGCCGCUGGGCGAGUCCAUGUACACCUCGGCCAUAUCGGAGCCUGACGCCGCCGCCGCCGCCGUGAACCCAGCCGACCCAGACGUAGAGCAGCCAGAGGAGGAGGAGGAGGAGCAACAACAGGAGGAGGACGAUGAUGACGAGGAUGAUGAGGACGAGGAGGAAGAAGAUGAAGAUGAGGAGGAGGAAGAAGAAGAAGAGGAGGAGGAGGAAGAAGAAGAAGAGGAGGAGGAAGAAGAGGAGGAAGAGGAGUCAGACUCGGAGUUGGCGCCGCUGAGAGAGAGGCAGCAGGAGUCGGGCGACGCCCCCGUGACCACGCGGCCCGUGGCCGCCCCGCCGAGCCACAGCAGCGUGAACCAGAUGCUGUGCGCCUCCCAGACGCUGGACGCCGUGACGCUCACGCCCGAAGUGGUUCCCCCGCCGCCGCCGCCGCCGGUGCUGCCCGACCUCCUGGCGCCCCCACCAACCCUCUACUCCCCCAGGUCUGAGGCACUGUACCUGGCUGAGGACCCGAGUCCUCCAGCCUGUGAUCCAUAUGAGUCCCACCAGCCAAGGGUCCACCUAAACGUAUCAUCUGGCCUGUCGAGAUCAGCCGGCUCAGCAUCCAGUGCCUUUGAAACGUAUAACCCCAGACCCGGAAACGCUCUGCAGCCAAGGGGCCAAGGAGGCAUCACAGAGGGACUCGUCAAGGGGGCCCUUUCUGUGGCGGCGUCCGCCUAUAAAGCUCUCUUCACUGGACCAAACUGCUCCAUACAGCGAGGCAUCGACCCGGCCACCAGGCAGGACCCGUCCCUGAUGGCGAUGCUGCUGGAGAUGGGCUUCAGAGACCAGCGGCUCAACCAGCAGCUGCUGAGGAAGCACGGCUACAGCCUGCUGCACACCGUCAACGAGCUGGUGCAGAUGGCCGAGGACGGCCAGAACAAAGCGGUCCACAUUCAGCACUGAGGGGAGUGGAGGUGGGGAGGAAGAUGAAGAAGAAGAGGGAGAAAAGGCUACUGAACGGCUGUACAAGGGUUUGAACAUGAUGUAAAGAUGCUUUUUAGAUUAUAAGCCGCAUAUCUCUCACCCUUUCCAGCAUUUUUGCUUUAUUGUGAUCAGUGUAAAGAGGAGACAACUCAUUUGUAAUUGGUGCAGUUGAUUGAUUUACCAAAGGGUGGCCUAGUUUAUUUGGACCAAGCGUAACAAUAAUAAGACAGAAAUGUCCCUGAACGUACAUGUACCGCUCGCGUGUCGACUGAAAAGAGAAAUGAAUGGAUGAAUGGCUUCUCCUGCCUUUUGCCUUUGACUAAAUCUAGCUUUGACAAACUUAACCGUGCGCACACACAUCCGUGUAAAUUAUUAUGAAUAGCGCUCGACCUUUGCCCUGCACGGGGCGCUUCGUGCUGGUCAGAGGGAGCAGGAGCUGUAGUUUGGAGUAAACGUGUGUAAUUCAGCUCUUCAUCUUCGUGUUCGUAUCUCGGUUGUAGCUGCUUCUCCUCGGCGCUGGACAUAAACAAACAAAGAUCAACACAUAUUUGAGACCUUUUCGUCGACUUAUCGAAGUGAAAUCUGCCUAAACAAUGCAAUCUUUUUUUCUGUAUCUGAGUUCUGUUAUUUUAGACGUCGACUUGUUGAAUGUAAAAAAAAAAAAGACAAAGACAAAAAAAACGCCCCCGAGCGGAUCACCGCUGACGGACUCGGGAUGUUUUCUACUGCUUUCUAGAAGACACCUGCAUGGCAGGUAAGAGGCUUUAGAGGCGAGUCGUGUUCUCGUGGUCUUAGCACAGUCACGGUAGAGAAAUAGUCCGCUUGGCGUCAUCGUUCAACAACCCCCCCCCCCCGGCCCCGUUCACGUGACCUCAUCCUACUGAAACAGUCAUUUAACACUAACACAAGCCUGAGAUGUCACUAACUACACAUUCCUCACUCUCAGUGACACCAGGUGUGUUCUGUCUCAAUGCGUCGCCUCUUAUGAUCAUUAGUUUCUGUGUGGUGAUUUGACAUUUGUGGUGUGAGUGUUCAGAUUUUAAUUUGUGUGUUUGUGGAUUAUUUGUAACCAUAUCUUCUUCUGUUGAUUUUUAACCCUUUUUAAAAGUUUCAUGCUCGAGAGAAUAAUUCUGAAUAUAUCUUACUAUGCUUGUUAAAUUAUUCCUCUCGUCACAGAAGUGUGUGUGUGUACAUUCAAAUGUCCUUCUACUGUCAAUCCGCCAAUAAACUAUUUGCACAUC